AUGGAAAGGAUCUUCAACGCCAAGAGGUGUCCCGAUGAGAACAGGUUGGCGUUCUCGGAAUACUUGUUGAUUGGGGAAGCGAGCCACUGGUGGACGAGCACAAGAGCUAUUUUGGCAUACGCUCGACGUCCUAUCACUUGGGAGGUAUUCCGUAGCAAGUUUUAUGAGGAGUACUUCCCUGACAGCGUCCGGUUUGCGAAGGAAGUAGAGUUUUUACAGCUGGUUCAAGGUGAGAUGUCGGUUUCUGAGUAUACCAACAAGUUCAAGCACCUUGUUCGGUUCAACACGAUGGCCACGAGUGAAGAGUGGCAGUGCAGGAAAUUUGAGAACGGCCUGCGGAGUGAUCUGAAGGUUCUGAUUUCCAGUUUGUACAUACGAACGUUUCCUGCUAUGGUCGAGCGGGCAAAGGUAUUGGAGAAAAAUAUGGCAGAGGCGGAACGACAAAAGAAACAGCAACAAGUGAAUAGGGGACCGAUUGUGUCCAGGGGAGGUAUUGUUCAGAGGAGACCACCUUACGCUCGUCCAAACCAAACACCUAAUGCAAGCGGGUCACAAGCAAUGGUUCCUGUCGGACAGUCUGGACAAGGAAACGUUGUUUGUUUCCGGUGUAGAGGGCCAUAUUAUCGUUCUUCAUGCCCUCAGUUGGUGGGAGGAAAGCACUGCAACCGUUGUGGAAGAAACGGGCACUUGGAUCACGAGUGCAAUAUGAGUGGACGUGCAGUAAUGAGGCCACCUAACGCUGGAAGGAGCCAACCGAGAGGUGGUAGAGCACAAGCAGUGGGACGCAUAUACGCUAUAACGAGCGCUGAGGCAGCCAGCUCAG